GUAGAAACUGACCAAAGCGGAAGUUAGAUGUUAUCGUGUAAGAAAUCAUGAGAUCACUCAGACACCAUUAAGCUACAGACAUGAAUCAGCUGCUGUGGAUUUCUCUCAUCCUCAUACAGCUGUCAGUAACAGAGAGCUUGACUAAAGAGGAAGGAUGUUUGAGUCAGCCAGUGAGGUCGAUGAGACGAAAAGCAGGAGGAACGGUUGUUCUGCAGUGUAAUGUCAGUUCUUUCUGUUCCGGCAGCAAUCAGAUCUAUGAGUGGUUCGCUUUCACAGAAAACUCCCACCAUCGUCUCAAUUUGAGUGCAAAUCCUCUCAAAUACAGUCUGUAUGGAGCAUCUUUACAAAUCACCUCUCUCAGCACCAACGACAGUGGCAUCUACCACUGUGCCACAGCGUCAGCUGAACAGACUGCAGGCAGGCAACAUGUUGGUCCUGGUACAGUUCUCAGAGUCGGAGGACCGCCUAAAACAGCUGUGAAGAACAUUCUUAUAGGGUUAUCGUUUACUCUACUGAUCGUCUACAGCGUAGUCAUACUGACGCUCAUCAUUUUGAAAAAGUGUGGCAGCAAACUAAGCCCCCACAGAAGGACAUCCAAAACUAACAAGAAUUUUUCUGCUACAAAAAGACGGUUCCACGAUGUGCUGCACGAACUGACAAACAGAAGACAUUUGAAGGGAGGUGGAGAAGGUGGAGAAGAUGGACAAGGUGGAGAAGAAAGCAGUUCUCCCCCCGAGGCAGCAAAUGGUGACUUCAUCAGCUCACCUGAUGACAUCUAUCAAAAUGUCUGAGCGUUGGUUUCCCUGGCUCAGGAGCUGUCGUGUUCUAACUGAGAAAAAAUAUCAAAUCUUCAAAAUAGCAGAGGAUGUUUGAGGUGUGUAACAGGAAAUUGACCAAUCAGCAAACGUUUGAGUUUGUGACUGUGAAAACAAUCUAUAAACUACACAAAACAGACGCUGUACCACUGACUGGAUUUGACAAAUAAAACACAUUCAGUGUACUGGGGAGUUUUGGUGUGCUACGGAAGCCUGGGUGGACAUUUAGAAACAGACUUCACAGAAGUUGAAUGUAAUUUAAAAGCCUUUUUGUGACCGUUACUCCUUUCUGGGCUGUUUAACUAACUUAUGGCUAACUUCCCAUAAUUUCUUUAAACACACCUGUACCCGUUUUUCCACUUCCUUUAAGCAAACACAGCUGUGAUCUGUCAUCCUGCCAUGUCACCUGACAAACAUUGUGGAUUAACAUCAAGUCAAAAGACCUGAAGGUGGAGAAUGGGAAUAUCAGACAAGUCGUUAAAUAAUUCUCCACAAUAAAUCCAGUAGAAUAUAAGCACUAUUUCCAAUUUCCGACCCACAACGGACUUCCUGUGAUCCAGGGCAGUAGCCCAGGUCGGUUUUUAUAGGGUUAACUGUGUUACAGAUCUCUAGACAUUUUUUCCAAAAA